AUUGAGGACGGGGUAGCAGUUAUAACUCUCUUACGUGAUUAACAGAUUCUCAAGGGAUCCAAUCACUAAUUUCUACAAAACAUCCAUUGAUCUCCACAAAAAAAGCUCUAACCGAGCAGCGCAGCUAAAAAAAGAGGGCGGCAGCGGCAUGAAUACCGCCACCAAUAGACAAUUAAACGGAAAUUGCGGGAUCUUGAAUCUAGCGUGAUCCAACACAUGUUCAUGUUUUUCCGCGUUGAAAUCGUAAGAAAAUGGCUUCCAUUUCCGUCAAAUUUGUGUCACAAAAAGUAAGUAAGGUUAGAUGGCAACCAGGUGAUCUACAAGGAUUGCAGCCAUCGCAAACGUUCGUCACAGGAAGUUGGGAUAAUGAUGAAAACAGGAUAUGUCUGUGGCGUGUACCAAGUGUACCAAGUGCUAAGGACUAUGAUGGUUACUCCUCCAUGGCCACCGACAUCGAGGCGGAUGGAGAAGGAAUCGACAAGGAACCUCAGCUUGUGUAUCAAGAGAAACACGAAGGGGACGUGACAGAUUUGAAGUUCAUAAACUCAGACGUCUUUCUGGCAUCUUCAUCUUCAGGGUCAGUUCAGGCAUUCAAGUUGAUGCAAGGAGCUCAGAAACUUCACAGUACUCAGAAGUGGGAGGGGCUUCAUCGGCUGCGCACUAGGGCCUGUCCCUGCACCAGUAUGGCUGUGAGUGGCACUGAUAUCACCACAGUAGGGGAGGAUGGAAGAAUUAAUGUACUACGGUUGGACUACAGGCAUCCUAUCAGAACAAUAGACCAAGCUGACAGUAGCACCAUCAAUGCCGUCACCUACCUGAAAUCCAACCAAGUGGUGACGGUCAAUGCCACCGGUCAGAUGAAGAUCUGGGACCUCCGACAGCCUGACUCGCAACCUACGAGGGUCUUCCUUCUAACUGGUGAGAAGACAGCUUUACACUGCGUGGAUCGUCAUCCUACCCAGGCUCAUCUUGUAGCGGCCGGCAGCCAGAACAGCGUCUUGAACAUGUGGGAUAUGAGGAGGGAAAAAUACCCCGUCACUCUCUUUGAUGGCCACGAGGGACCAAUUUGGGAGGUCAAGUUCCACCCUACAUGCUCAGACCACCUGUUCACCUGUUCUGAGGAUGGUGCUGUGCUGCACUGGAACGGCUCCGGGUCACCAUCAGCUUCACAGAUUGCUGCAGGUGCACAGAACUCCAGAACAGGUGACUCCAUCUACCCUCACCUCGGUCUGGGCGGGCUACCCUCCAAGCCAUCGUCCAGCUCCCCCACCAGUCCCUGGCUGGCCAGUGACCCUACCAAUCAGGUAGACAUUAACCACGUACUGCCCUCCAACAUCAUGCCUGUCAACAGCGUCGACGUAGAAGGGGACCAGUUAGUCUGUGGGACCGACGGCGAAGCGGUCUUUGUCAUUAAAAGUCUUGGACUGCGAUGAAGGAUAUGAGUGUUUUCGAAACUUGGUCUUAAAUAUCAGCUUUGGCUUCAGUUUACUUAGGAAGCCUUUAAUGUCCAAACCAAAUGGGAACACUCUGAACUUUAGCCAUCUGUUAAAAGAUGUGAUGCUCCCCAAACAGGACAUGGACCAAUAUUUUAUAUAAGACUCCUCCAAGCCUAUUCCUUCCUCCAUGCUCCAAGUAAGGGAGUGGCUGGCCUUAAAUCACCUGUAGCCGAGGCUACAGUGGAAACCAAAGUUUCUAAAAAUGCUGUAUUUUCCAUGGGAUCUUCAUCUUGAUUGAAAGACCCAGAUGGGGGUCGCAUCACUAAGAGCCUGAGUAUUCCUGUGACCUUGGGGUCAGUGGGUCAUCAAGGUCAUUAACCCUAACACUCUCAGAUACCGGGAUGUUAUGGAUGUUUUUGCAGUACGAAGGAAAAUCAAUGCCCGCUUGAAAGUAUAUGAGAUGUUCCUUUGGAUUCCUCCAAAGAGUUAGAUUUGCAACAAUUUGGGAAUGCCCAAGGGGCUAGAAUUAAGGGCUAGAAUUAAGCCAUGAUCUUACUCUGACCACGUAGUUGUGUCUCUAAGUUUAAACUUGUGCCCUUAGAAUAGAGAUGUAGACAGUUAUUUUGAGAUAGGGAUGAAAACCAUUUUCUGUCAGAAUAACGGCCUCGCAAGAAGUGUUAGCAGCAUUCCAGGGGGAGCUGUUGCCAUUUACACAAAACCAUGCUUCAUUUAAAAAAAAAUGUAAAUUUAUAUUUUAUGGUUUUUUUUGUGUGGAAUCCUUUGUAAAAUGUUUUUGUACAGGCUUCUUUCAAAACGCAUUUCUGUAUCUUUGGGAAGCAGUUAAGUGGCCACAUUUUGGCAAACUCAAAUUAUAAAUAAAAUUUAGUGACUGUCAAGUACUGUACAAGCCUUUCUUUAACUCUGCUUGAAAUAAAUUAAAAAAACACCAGUCGGAAACCAUUAAUUACCAACUUCAGAAGUACGGCAAAUCAUUUGUAAUGUCAGGCAAAUUAAAAUAUAAAAAGUUAAC